AUGUCAAUUAGGCUGACGAUAAGAUACCGAACAGAUUCCAUAGAAGCAAGUGUAAUGAUGACGGAUACUCUAGAAUCCUUGAAACUAAGAAUUCAGGAAAUUACAGGAGUGCCAGUGGAUUCUCAGGUGCUUCUGUUCAAUGACAGAGUCCUUAACGACAACAACAAGGAACUGAAGGAGCUUGGAAUAGAGAACGACUCCACUUUGUAUCUUAAAAAAAGAUCUGGAGCUCGGAAGGAAGGAAAGCGACAAGAUUUUACUGCUUCCAUGAUGAAAAACCCUUUAGUUAAGAAUUUUCUGAAGAAUCCAGAUGCCAUGAAGAGCAUUGUUGAGAUGUUCCCUGGGCUCAAGGAAGAAAUGAGCAAUAAUCCAGAACUACGAAUGAUGAUGAAUAGCUCAAAUCUCCAAGAAGAACUCGAAAUGUUUUCCAUGAAUCCGGAAUACAUGAACACCCAGCUUAAAAACCUGGACAUAACAAUGUCCAAGCUAGAGAACAUCCCUGGCGGCCUCAAUAUGAUAAAUAGCAUGAUUAAGGACGUUCAAGAUCCUCUGUCGUCAGCAUUGAAAGAAGGAAUGGGAAGAGGAUAUAGAGUGAAGGAGGGAAGAAAGAUAGACAAGCCCAUUAAUGAAGCAAUUCCAGGUGCCCGUAAAGAAGAGAGUCAAUUGGUGAAAUAUAGAGAUAAACUGGCAGAGCUUAAGCAGAUUGGAUUCAGUAAUACUAGAAAAAACUUCACGGCUCUUAUCGCAUGUAACGGGGAUUUAGAGAGAUCAAUAAUGUAUUUACGAGAGCUGGACAGUAAAUCAUCCCCGACACAGAGGGCAAAAUAA